GAAAGUGUCGGCGGGCCAGUGGCCUUCCCGGUGCCGCCGGCCGUCCCUUCCCCUCCCCCUACCGAGCCAGCGACCGGGAUGCAGACGUCAGAGCGUGAGGGGAGUGGUUCUGAAGUGAGCCCUGGCACGAUGCCUGAGGUGCCCUUGGAAUGUCCACCUGUCCCUACCAAGACCCCAGCAUUUGAUCUUUUCAACUUGGUUCUAUCCUACAAGAGGCUGGAGAUCUACUUGGAACCUCUGAAGGAUGCAGGUGAUGGUGUUCGAUACUUGCUCAGGUGGCAGACACCUUUGUGUUCCUUGCUGAGCUGCCUGAGCCUCAACAUCUUGUUCCUCACAUUGAAUGAGGGUGCUUGGUACUCAGUGGGUGCCUUGAUGAUUUCAGCGCCCGCCCUGCUGGGCUACCUUCAGGAGGUUUGCCGGGCACGGCUUCCAGAGUCUGAGUUGAUGCGGAAGAAAUAUCACAGCAUAAGGCAGGAAGACCUGCAGAAAGUUCGCCUUUCCCGCCCGGAAGCCAUGGCUGAGGUGAAGAGCUUCUUGAUUCAGCUGGAGGCCUUUUUGACUCGCCUGUGCUGCACCUGUGAAGCUGCCUACCGUGUGCUGCAUUGGGAGAACCCUGUGGUGUCCUCACAGUUCUAUGGAGUGCUUCUGGGCACAGUGUGUAUGCUGUAUCUGCUGCCACUCUGUUGGGUACUCACCCUUUUAAAUAGCACGCUCUUUCUGGGGAAUGUGGAGUUUUUCAGAGUGGUAUCUGAGUACAGGGCAUCUCUGCAGCGGCGGAUGAACCCUAAGCAGGAAGAAUGUACCUUUGAAAGCCCACUACUACUGGAUGCUGAGGGGAAGGGUGCUCUGCUGGACAGUACACCGGCCCCCACACCCACUGAGUUGUGCCAUUUCCUCUGGGGCAGGAACAGAAUCUUUCCUCCCAGGACCUUACGCCAGGCAGUGUGGAGGAGGCUGAGGAGGCUGAGCCAGAUGAAGAAUUCAAAGAUGCCAUUGAGGCAGGAGACCCACUUGGUGGUGCUGGAGGAUGAUGAGGGCACCCCAUGCCCAGCAGAAGAUGAGCUGGCCCUACAGGACAAUGGGUUCCUGAGCAAGAAUGAGGUGUUGCGCAUCAAGGUGUCCCGGCUCACAGAGCGGCUCCGCAAGCGUUAUCCUACCAACAACUUUGGGAACUGUACAGGCUGUUCUGCUACCUUCUCAGUGCUGAAGAAGCGGCGGAGCUGCAGUAACUGUGGAAACAGCUUCUGCUCUCGGUGCUGCUCCUUCAAGGUGCCCAAGUCCUCCAUGGGGGCCACAGCCCCUGAAGCCCAGAGAGAGACUGUGUUUGUGUGUGCCUCAUGUAACCAGACCUUGAGCAAGUGAGAAGAGGCCAGGCUCCAACCGGCAUCAGUCCUGGGGCCAACAGUAGAGCUCCUCUCCCACCCACCCGUGGACCCUCUGGCUUGUACUGGGCAAAUGUGGCCUGAAUGCUUUGUAGGCUUCCCCUUCCUUCCUGUAUUUUCAGCCAGGCUGGCAGUGCUGUGUUCAGAGCUCAAGGGAGUGGUGCCCCUAGACAGUCUUGUUUGCUUUGCUCUGCCCCAGGUUAGUUAAGUGGACUCAGGGCUGGUCAGGGAGGUGGGCCUGGCUCAGCUGAGCUGUGAUGAUUAGGACCAAUGUGGCCAGGCCUGGAGAUCCAGCAGACCAGAGCUUGGGAAAAAUUCUUCCCUGCUGAGCAUGGGGCUGGGUCCCUCAGCCUGAGAGCCUGGAAGACAGUUUGGGGAUGCCACACCUAGCUGUGCUGUUUGAAUGUCCCUCCUCCAGGUACCAGGGGAUUGGAUCACUUCCCUAUCAGAGGGUGUGUGCAGGGAUUACCAGAUUGUUCUGGAAGCAGGUCUGGAGUUCUCAGGUUCCUUCAGAGGAGAGCAGUGCACAGAGAGCUCAUGGAGUCCUCUAGUAUGUGUGGGUCACAGCAUGGGGACGCUGUCCUGCAAGUGGACUUGCGUGAUGCCCUGGAGUCCUCAGCUUCACCUGGGUGGCUGAAGGGUACUCAGAUCACUCUUGCUCCCCUACCCAAGCACAGGGAAAACUUCCUCUGGUCUAGUGCCACCUCUCCCUUCCCUAUCCUUUGUCCCUUGGAGUGUGAAGUCAGGUGAGCAGAGCAGAGGUCCAGAAGCCCUUGACCUAGAGGGUGUUGUUGGGUUGGAUCCUAGAUUUCAUGUCUGUUCCCUGGAGGACAGUCUCAGUUACAAGAUAAGUCCACUUGGGGUCUCGAUCUUUCUGGCAAUUUUAUAUUUCCUUCUGGAUGUUGAGGGGCCUAGCAUCUCUCCCAAAGCCAUGAACUGGCUCAGCACGCACCCCCACUCCCAGCUGCCCUGCCUUCUCAGAGUAUUUAUUUAUUUAUUUAAUGGUUCCUGGGAACAUACAGCACGGGGAUGGGAUGAAGAGGAUCAGGGUCUUCUGCCCUGGAGUCAUAGGCUGCCUGGGACCUCAAGUCAUAAGUGGCUGAGGUGUUUCUACUCCCUGAGCAUGGACUUGAGGCAGGUGGGAGGACAAGCAGCCCACCCUAGGCCUGCUUUCUUGCCAUGCUAAGCUGUUUCGUGAGGGUUUGGCCGCUGGGCCUGGUCCAAGUCAGGCAAAGAAUCAGGCUUGGGAGAAAGGGCAGGCCUCGGUGUCGCCAGUUUGCUCUGUUAGGAGAUGAGGGUUAAGUUUUCUAUGUUUAUUUACACUGGAGAGGAGUGAAAGGAUCUCUGUGUAUGGAAAAUUAUCAAUAAAAGGCUUCAAGCUUCUUA